CCAGGCUCAAUCAGAAGUACCACAAUCAAGCUCAAUGAAUGAAGAAGUACACAAAAGAGUUAAAAAAUACGCACAAGAAGUCCUUGUAAUUGUUAGACCACCACCUCAUAUUUCUAAUAACCCAAUGAAUUUGCAAAUACAACUCGUUACACCAAAAUCUAAUAGGCAAUCCAUGGCAUCUGACAGUAAUCUCAGUAGAUCAUCAUCUCUACAUUCUUCUCAUUCACUUGGUCAGGCUUCAAAUUUAAGUCUGCAUUCAACUACCUCACAAUCACAAUUCACCGCAGGAGGACGAAAGUUGAUACCGCUCUAUAACCUCCAGUAUCAUAAUGUAUUAACAACAGCAAUCACAGACGCUGGUACAGAUGCUAAAAUAGCGAAAUUUACAAAGAGAGGUUUAGAAAUUCUCAAUUUAAUUGGCUUGGAAUCUGAUUUAUUAUCAUCUGAUAACGCAUCAACGACCUCGAAGAAGUUCACACUUGAUGGUCUCUUUAAAUUUGGCAAGAAUGACUCAAAAGCGCCGUCAGAGUUAUUAAAUCACGAUGAAUAUAGCUGGUUAAUUAGAAAACUUCUCAAAAGCUCUGAGACUUUAGAAGUUACUGCAGAUGACUUACAAUUCACAUGGAAGAAAUCUUCAGAAUCGAAUAUAAAUUCAAGACGAUCCUCUAUACCUUCACAACCAGCCUCAGAAAUCUCUCAUCCACCUUCAGAGAUAGAUAGAGAAGAUGAUGAGACACCUUGGUCAUUUUAUGCGAUCUCUAAACACUUUAAUAAAAUUCAUUUAGGUACACUCCAUCCUGCACCACAUCAUCCACGCAUAGUUGGUCAACUUAAAGUACCAUUUCCCUUGCCAGAUAUUCCUGUUCCAAAUACCAAUCAAAAACUUUCACCUGAAGACCUCAAAGAUAUCCUUUCAUGUACAUGUCUAUGGUUAGUCACUAAAGAAGAAUUUGGCGGCUUAGACAAACGGAGGAAAGGUGAUGGUUGGAGGAUAACUUAGUAGACUUUACUUAGAACAGGAUUCACAAAAUAACCCUAUUGUUUCAAUAUCAUUAUACGCACUACUUAAUAUCAAACAAUGGAACACUUAUUAUAUUUGAACAUUCAUGCAUUUUUAAUAAGCC